CCUAAUUAAUCGUCGCUGUCACUGUCGUGACAGAAGAGGCCGAAGGCGGAGCAGGUGGUCUGGAAUUGAAGCAUUCGGAAGGUCUCGCGGUGAAAAAGGUCUUUACAUCGUUCACGUUGACCUCAUUGAAUGAGAGACGCGCGCGUGCACUAUGACCCGCCAGCAGUGAUCGCAGCCGGCGUCGCGCCACGACAUGGCGACCGUCAAGGUGACGGAGCAGAAGGUUAUACUGUGCGGCGAGUACGGUGUCGGCAAGACGUCGAUAUUCCGGCGCUUCGCCAACAACACGUUCGUUGCCAGCAGCGACCGCAAAUCGACCCUGGGCCUCGACAACAUAGACAAGGAGUACGUCGUCGAGGACAGACGAAUACGACUACAACUAUGGGACACUGGUGGUAUGGAAAGAGUGGCGUCUGUCACCUCGAGUUACUACAAGUUUGCCGAGGCUGCUAUUCUGGUGUUUGCCCUGGAUAACUCGACAUCGUUUCAUUUGUUGUCUCAACAUUUGCUCGACAUAGUCACGUAUGCGGAGAACGCAAAGAUAUUCCUUUGUGGAAACAAGAGUGACUUGGAGAGCGUUGCGCCACAAGUCACAGAUGCUGAGAUGGAACAAUUCUGUGAACAAUGUCACAAUCUGAUCUCGGGAAUAUAUAAAACGUCAUGCAAAACUGGCGAAGGCGUAAACGAGAUGUUUGAGGAUAUCGCGCAACAUUUGGUCGAAGCUAAUCGAUCGCGAAUGGAGCUUCACGAAAUGGACAAGGAUCGAUUUAAGAUUUCGUAUGUCGACGAGGCGACCGACCCGUCGUGCCUGUGUUAAUCUAUGAUUCUACGAAUCUACGAUAAUUAAUAUUCGCGGACACAACGUUGCAGUCUUUAAUAUCUAAGGCUUAACAUGGAUUGUAAGGGAGACGUAAGGGAAAACCUUUUUAUAUCGAGCACUUAUUACGCGUGACUUUCCUAUGAGGGAAGGUUGCGUCUAGCGGAGAGAGGAGAAUCCAUGAAUGUGAUAAAACUAACAUAUACAAGUUGCAUUCCACGAUCAGAUCAGGUCUAGGAUCACGCGACAACAAAAAUUUUCUCGAUUGCAAAUUUAUUAUACGUUGCUAAAUUAUACCUUAAUCGACUAGGCUUGCUCUAUUAAUAUAUGCUCUAUUAAUUUACGAUCAGUAUAUUGUAUUAUACACUUGAUCAAUAUAUAUACUAUAUAUACUUAAGUUUGUAAAGGCUACACGCUAUAAUGAGGCACUAGUGCUGAGUCCAUUUAAUAGUCUUCAGGUCAAUACCAUCUUUCACCAUUUCCCACAGUGGGCUGCAAAAGAGCAAGGAUGUUAGAAUUUUGCUACACAUUUUCGCAUAUUGUCAUCAUGGUUAAUAGAUAUACGAUAUAGAGAUAGAGAAAUAGAAAUAAUCGCGAAACAAACGUCCAACGAUAAAGUCGUUCCCUCCGUGAAACGAGAUUAUAUCCGUUUCAAAUCGUCAAAGCCAAAGUGUAAACACGUACGUAAGUCUGAAGUAGACACACCGUGUCUCAUAAUAACUCUCAAACUCUCUAAUUUGUAUGAUAAUUUAAUGAAUGUGUUACCUCAUCUCCCGAAGUCGCUUCACUUGCUGUAUCGUAUUGUCCGCUGUGUAAUCGACUUCUUCGAACGUUGUAAAUCGUCCGAUGCCGAACCUAGCAAACCGCAAGUUGGAGUAUGAAACUGUUAUUACUAAAACGGUCUCUAAACGUUUGUGUAAUAAAUGUUAUUACACAAUAUUAUUGAUUAUUUGGGAACAAUAUUGAGUUUGUUUUGAAUUGUCGAGAGGAAUUGAUCGUUUAGUGACCGUUUUACGAUCAGCAAAGUUCCUUUAUCUCGAUAUAUAUACCUGAUACUGCAAUGAGCCAAAUCCUCUGAGACUCCGAUCGCUCUUAGCACAUAGCUGGGUUCCAAGCUCGCGCUGGUGCAAGCUGAACCACUGCUUAGCGCCACAUUCUUCAAAGCCAUCAAUAGCGAUUCACCUUCCACGCAGGAGAACGACAAGUUCACGCAGCCGGGGUACCAGGCCACGGGAUCACCGUUUCGCACGACUUGCGGCAAGUUUGACAUUAUCUUCUCGAUCAAAUGAUUCGACAGCGAGUUGAUGUAUCUGUGAUCGUACUGAAAAAUACAGUAUCAAUUUUAAUACCUUAAA